UAACCUCAAUUUGGUAUUCCUGCCAAAUUUUCUAACCAACUGCGAUAAUGGCGGAAAAAAUAUUAAAAUAUUUAUCGGAAAACGAAGAGGUGAAUACACUAAAGUUGGCAGAAAAAUUCCAGGAGGACCAUCAAAAAAUAAUCGGCUUUUUGAAGAGUAUACAAGCCAACGGAGAUUUGGUGAUAGCGGAGCCGGUGAGCCAGAAAAAUAUCGAACUCACGGAAGAAGGCAAACUGGUAGCAAACCAAGGUAGUCAUGAAGCCAAUAUAUUCAAUGUAGUGCCCAAAGAAGGUAUUUCCCAGGCCGAUUUGAUGAAAUUACCCAAUGCAAAAGUAGGUUUCAGCAAAGCUAUGUCUAACGGAUGGGUUUUGGUAGAUAAAAUUGUCAACCCGCCAUUGGUUAAAAGGAAAGUGCCUGAAAUCAAGGAUUCCGUACAGGAACAUUUGAAGUUGGUUGACGCAGGCAAGAGCUCUGAGCUCACUGAGAAAGAUAAAGCUGAAUAUAAAAAACGAAAGCUCAUACAGGAGUCAUUAAUCAAAAGUUUUGUACUUAAAAAAGGCCCCGACUUUAGUUUGACAUUAAACAAGCUCGAGACAGACCUUACCAGUGAAAUGCUGGCCAAUGGCACCUGGAAGACGUCGAAAUUCAAAGAGUACAAUUUCGAUGCCUUAGGAGUGCCGCCAAGCUCUGGAUUUUUGCAUCCUUUGUUAAAAGUUAGGGCCGAAUUCAGGCAGAUAUUCUUAGAAAUGGGUUUUUCUGAAAUGCCGACAAACAAUUAUAUCGAAAGCUCCUUUUGGAACUUUGACGCGCUGUUUCAACCCCAGCAGCAUCCCGCUAGGGACGCCCACGACACCUUUUUCAUAUCCGACCCGCAAUUUAGCUAUAAAUUUCCCGAAAGUUAUGUGGAAAAGGUCAAAACAGUACACAGCAAAGGUGGGUAUGGCUCCCAAGGUUAUGGAUACGAUUGGAAGUUGGAAGAAGCUCAGAAAAACCUGCUGCGCACCCACACGACAGCGGUGAGUUCGAGAAUGUUGUAUCAGUUGGGACAGCAAAAAGAGUUUAAGCCCAUCAAGCUGUUUAGUAUUGAUAGAGUGUUCAGAAAUGAGACUUUAGAUGCCACCCAUCUCGCCGAGUUCCAUCAGGUAGAGGGCGUAAUAGCAGACUACCAUUUGUCUUUGGGAGAUUUGAUUGGGGUUUUCUCAGAGUUCUUUAAGAAAUUAGGGAUUACGGAGUUGGAGUUUAAGCCGGCUUACAAUCCUUACACUGAGCCCAGCAUGGAGAUAUUUUGUUUCCAUCCGGGUUUAAAAAAGUGGAUCGAGAUUGGUAACUCAGGAAUAUUCCGUCCGGAAAUGCUGUCACCCAUGGGUUUGCCCAAAGACGUCACUGUAAUCGCGUGGGGCUUGUCUUUAGAGCGCCCCACCAUGAUCAAAUACGGGUUCAACAACAUCAGGGACUUGGUUGGCCCCAAAGUGGACCUCGAGAUGGUACAAAGGAGUCCGAUUUGUAGGUUAACCAAGUGA